UUGGUGUUAGAUGUCAUUUUCUGAUAGUUAGACGCCACUUUAACCCUCAGACUGAUUAAAUAAACGCCUAAUGCGCUUCACAGCUGUACAGAGUUUGUCAGAGUGCUGUAGUUCGAAAAGCGUCUGACAGGAUUGGAGAAACUUCUUUUUUUCUUUAUGUAUAAAAGUGUGAACCUGAAGACGGAUAUAUUAUAUUUCAUUUUAAUGUUUGAGAUAUAAAAAUGCUAACAACUUUUCCUUAAAACCCAGUUCGUUUUCUUUCAGAUGCAUAUUAGUCGCCUGACAGACACAAGAGGCACAUUCACGCAUCUGCCUUUCACAGAGCCAAUCAGAUCGCGUGGAAGCCGACCAAGAUGAGCGUCAGCCAAUCAGAAUCCGCCUCGGUCUAUCUGAGUCUACGUCCACGCUUUUAAAGCAGGGAGAGCGGAGAGGAGGCUGAAGGUGCUGCUGUCCCGAAACUGGAGAUUUGACCGCUUCCUCCUGUGAAUCACUUCUACUAGAAGGUCAUAGAGAAGCAUAAACAGCUCACAGUUCAGAAAAACGGUGCUGGAGCGCCGGCUUUUCUCUUUGAUUUUCAUCCUCAGAGAGGAGCACCAGACUCAAUCAGGAGGGGAAAGACUGCACUCUCUGCACACAGAGUUAUCAGCCUGCAGCUUCUUCAACCCCACAGCACAGUCAUGGAGUUUUCUCUGGCUCACCCUGCUAUUAAAGCCUUCAUGUGUGGCUCUCUGAGUGGAACCUGCUCCACUCUGCUCUUCCAGCCUCUGGACCUGGUCAAGACCCGCCUGCAGACUCUACAGAACAGCAUGCACCCUGGUUCAGGAAGGGUUGGCAUGGUAACAGUGUUCCUCAGUGUUGUGAGGACAGAGAAGCUGCUUGGACUGUGGAAGGGAGUCUCUCCAUCGUUUGUGCGCUGUAUUCCCGGAGUGGGGAUCUACUUCAGCACCUACUUCAGCCUGAAGCAGCAUUUUUUCAGCGACAGGGCUCCAGGCCCCAUGGAGGCCGUGCUGCUGGGGGCCGGAGCCCGCAGCGUGGCAGGAGUGUGUAUGCUGCCAGUCACUGUCAUCAAGACACGCUUUGAGAGUGGGCGCUAUAACUAUGGCAGCGUGGCGGGGGCUUUGCGGAGUGUGUGUCAGACCGAAGGUCCGAGGGGGCUCUUCUCUGGCCUCACAGCCACCCUGCUGCGGGACGCCCCAUUCUCCGGCAUCUACGUCAUGUUCUACAGUCAGGCCAAGAGCACACUGCCCAAUGAGAUAAGCCAGUCAGCCUAUGCACCCUUGGCUAACUUUAGCUGUGGGGUUGUGGCCGGUGUGCUGGCCUCUCUGAUCACUCAGCCUGCAGACGUGGUUAAAACUCACGUCCAAGUGAGCCCCCAUCUCUUCAAGAGGACCACUGAUGCAAUCCACUACAUCUACAUGGAGCAUGGUCUGGUGGGGUUUUUCCGCGGUGCUGUGCCGCGCUCUCUUCGGAGAACGAUGAUGGCGGCAAUGGCCUGGACCGUGUAUGAGCAGCUCAUGGCUCGGAUGGGCCUCAAAUCCUGAGAGAGAUGAAGAGAGAGAGAGAAGGAUUGAAGAACUAACAGAUAAAAGGGAAGAAGAUGAAGGAUGAGACUAGCAAAAAGAGACUGAUGGCCUCAGAAAGUGUAAGGAGGGCGGUAAAGAGAGAUUUUGCACAGAGACUUUGGGUCUGCUGUUUCAGAGCCAGUGGACUUGUGGAUCCGGUCUAGAUGCUUCUGCUUCAGAGAGUUCGUGUUUACACUGGAGAAAGAGAAUCAGAUCAAACAGUCUUAUUUGCUUUCAGCACUGGGUUAUCCAGUCGUACAGCUGAGCACAAAUUCAGAUGUUAAUUACCACUGGAUUCACCCCAGAACUGGGACAUUUGAUUCAGUUUGAGAAUGUUUACACUGCUGACAUUUAAUUCAGAUUGAACGUUAUAAGUUGUAAUAAACAAGAAAUACAAGCAUUUUUCAUGUAAAUGUUAAGCUUUUAAGAUUUACUUUCCUGCAUGGCCAAACAACACUGAUCAUGUCUAUGACACAAGCUGAUCAUUCUUGAAGAAAAUCAAUGAUGUAUGUGUUUUCUCAGUAUGAGCAGAGCCUGCUGUGGGCAUUCCUGAAAGAGACUCUAGAAACUUUAAAAGACAAUGUUGCACUAAGUGCUAUGAGAUUCAUUGCAUUUUUCUAUUGAAAAAACAUUGUUAAUGAUGACCGUCUGUGGUGUUUUGUUCCGUAACUAAACUGUGGGUGUUCUAGAAAUAUGUAUGUUUCUAACACCUGAUUCACUUGAGUUUUGUACUAUUAAUGAAGCACAGCUUUUUAACAGUGUUAUUAUUUCUGUUGUCUAUAUAAUUAUGGAAAUGGUGUACAUAAUACUAUAUGUUCAUGUUUUUAAUACCUGCAGCCAUGACUGACAUGCUAACUUGAUCUUUUUGAGAAAAAAAAUUAAAUUAAUUUAUUGUUUCUGUAAGA